UCCUCCUCCCGGCUCUCAUCCCAAUUUCUGCGGGGAGUUCGGAGCUUGUCCUGCCCAGAGCCGGGAACGCAGAGGCAGCGGGGACUGGACGAGUCACCAGGUUUCAAGAUGCUGCGAGUGCUUAGGACCCGACCGGGCAGGCUGGGGCUCAGCCGCUCCAGAGGGCUCCACCACAAGGCGGUGGUGGCCCUGCGGCGGGAGGACGUGAACGCCUGGGAGAGGAGGGCUCCUCUGGCCCCCCGGCACAUCAAGGGGAUCACCAACCUGGGGUACAAGGUCUUAAUACAGCCUUCCAACCGGCGGGCCAUCCACGACAAGGAAUAUGUCAAAGCUGGUGGCAUUCUUCAAGAGGAUAUUUCUGAAGCUUGUCUAAUUUUGGGAGUUAAAAGACCCCCAGAGGAAAAAUUAAUGUCCAAGAAGACUUACGCGUUCUUCUCCCACACAAUAAAGGCUCAGGAGGCCAAUAUGGGUUUGUUGGAUGAGCUUCUAAAAAAGGAAGUCCGCCUUAUCGACUAUGAGAAAAUGGUGGAUCAUAGAGGAAUACGGGUAGUGGCGUUUGGACAGUGGGCAGGUGUGGCAGGGAUGAUCAACAUUUUACAUGGAAUGGGUUUAAGGCUCCUUGCUUUGGGACACCACACCCCUUUUAUGCACAUCGGCAUGGCUCAUAACUACAGGAACAGCAGUCAGGCUGUGCAAGCUGUCCGCGACGCUGGCUAUGAAAUCUCUCUGGGUUUGAUGCCGAAGUCCAUAGGGCCCUUAACAUUUGUGUUCACGGGGACUGGUAACGUAUCUAAGGGAGCCCAAGAGAUCUUCAGUGAAUUACCUUGUGAAUACGUGGAGCCGCACGAAUUAAAAGAAGUUUCCCAAACUGGAGAUCUGAGGAAGGUGUACGGGACGGUGUUAAGUCGCCAUCAUCAUCUCGUCAGGAAGACCGACGGCGUGUAUGACCCCGUGGAGUACGACAGGCACCCUGAGCGCUACACCAGCCGGUUUAGCACUGACAUCGCACCGUAUACAACUUGUUUAAUUAACGGAAUCUACUGGGAACAGAACACCCCUCGUCUGCUCACUCGCCAAGAUGCUCAGAGUCUGCUGGCUCCAGGCAAGUCCUCAGGUGCUGGUGUUGAAGGCUGCCCAGCACUGCCACACAAACUUGUGGCAAUAUGUGACAUCUCGGCCGACACAGGAGGGUCUAUUGAGUUUAUGACGGAGUGCACAACAAUUGAGCGUCCCUUUUGCAUGUAUGAUGCAGAUCAGCAUAUUAUUCACGGCAGUGUUGAAGGCUCUGGGAUUCUGAUGUGUUCCAUUGACAAUUUGCCAGCACAGCUUCCGAUUGAAUCUACAGAAUACUUUGGAGACAUGCUUUACCCUUAUGUUGAAGAGAUGAUAUUAUCAGAUGCGACACAGUCUCUUGAGAGUCAGAAUUUUUCUCCUGUGGUUCGAGACGCAGUAAUUACAUCCAACGGCGCGUUGUCUGAUAAAUACAAAUAUAUCCAGAAACUCCGAGAGAGCAGGGAACGCGCUCAGUCCCUUUCAAUGGGCACCAAGAAAAACGUCUUGGUUCUUGGAUCUGGAUACGUAUCUGAGCCUGUACUGGAAUACUUGUCAAGAGAUGACAGUAUAGAAAUAACAGUAGCCUCUGACAUGAAGAAUCAAAUUGAACAGUUAGGCAAGAAAUAUAAUAUUAAUCCUGUUAGCCUGGUCAUUGGCAAACAAGAAGAGAAGUUGCACUCCUUGGUGGCAGCACAGGAUCUGGUCAUCAGCUUGUUGCCCUAUGCAUUGCAUCCUCUUGUGGCCAAGGCGUGCAUCACAAGCAAAGUUAAUAUGAUCACUGCAAGCUACAUCACCCCAGCACUGAAAGAAUUAGAAAAGAGUGUGGAAGAUGCCGGCAUCACAGUCAUUGGCGAAUUGGGAUUGGACCCUGGUCUUGAUCACAUGUUGGCAAUGGAAACAAUAGAUAAGGCCAAAGGCGUGGGAGCCACGAUUGAAUCUUAUAUUUCCUACUGUGGUGGGCUUCCAGCCCCUGAACAUUCAGACAAUCCUUUGAGGUACAAAUUCAGCUGGAGUCCAGUGGGAGUUUUGAUGAACAUAAUGCAGCCGGCCACCUACCUGCUCAAUGGACAGGUGGUGAAUGUUGUGGGCGGGGCCUCCUUUCUGGAUGCCGUCACGUCCAUGGACUACUUCCCUGGAUUAAAUUUGGAAGGUUAUCCAAACAGAGACAGCACAAAGUAUGCUGAGAUUUAUGGCAUUCCAUCGGCUCACACGUUGUUACGGGGGACACUGAGGUACAAGGGCUAUGCCAAAGCCUUGAGUGGAUUUGUAAAACUGGGUCUUAUAAACAGAGAUGCGUUUCCUGCCCUUCGACCUGAGGCCAACCCGCUCACCUGGAGAGAACUCCUCUGUGGUCUGGUUGGGAUUGCACCCACCUCCAAGUGUGAUGUGCUCAAGGAAGCUGUCUUUAAGAAACUAGGAGGAGACCACACCCAGCUGGAGGCUGCUGAAUGGUUGGGCUUACUCGGGGACGAGCAAGUCCCUCAGGCAGAGUCUCUCGUGGACGCCCUCUCCAAGCAUCUGGCCGUGAGACUUUCCUAUGGCCCUGGAGAGAGAGAUAUGAUUGUGAUGAGAGACAGCUUUGGAAUCAGGCAUCCUUCUGGACAUUUAGAAAGUAAAACGAUUGAUCUUGUGGUUUAUGGGGAUGUCAAUGGCUUUUCAGCCAUGGCUAAAACUGUGGGGUUACCCACUGCUAUGGCGGCCAAGAUGCUACUUGAUGAUGAAAUUCAAGCUAAAGGCCUGAUGGGGCCCUUUUCAAAGGAGAUCUAUGGGCCAAUAUUGGAGCGAAUUAAAGCAGAGGGCAUUAUGCAUACUACACGGAGCACAGUCAAAGCGUAACUGAGAAUUAUAUUUUGUUUUUAACCUUCUCAGGCAACAUGGCUCUGAACAUUUGUGCAACAAACAUGCUUGCUAACGUGCUGUUUUAAAAUAUAAAGCAUGCUAUGUUUUGAUUAAGUCAAUACAAUAAUGUUUUUGAAAUAUAAAUCUCUAUUUUAAUAUGAAGACACUUGGCUCAAGAGACGCUGGUAACGACCAGAAAACAUUAAUAAUUCUAUCAUGUAUUUUUUUCUCAUGUAUGUAAAAGCACGAAUGAUUGUGCUCUAUGUUAAUUUAUUAUAUAACUUUUUCCUUAUAGGAAUAUAUUUUCCUAUAAUCAGCAGAUGAAGUUUUAUUUUCUCUUUUCAGGAAGAAAAAGUUUCUUCAUGCUGCUUUCUUUUUGUAUUUUUAAAAUUGAGUCAGUUAGAUGCUUCUAGAUUACUUACCUACAAACCUUUGCAGUGUUGCUAUUUUUUGCCUUUUUUGUUAAAAUUAUGAUUUAUUUAGAAAAUGAUAUUUCUUGUAGUUUUCUUUUGCGUAUUUGGAAAAGGAAAUUGGUAAGAUUAAAUCAAAAUCCACAUGAUCACCUUACUAGGCACAGAAAAAGCAUUUAAGUGAAUCCAACACCUUUUCAUGAUAAAAACACUUAGCAAACUAGGAAUAGAAGGGAACUUCUUCAACUUGACAAAGGGCAUCUAUGAAUAACCCGUGGCUAGUGUCAGACUUAAUGAUGAAAGACUGAAGGAUUUCCCCCUAAAAUCAGAGGCAAGACAAGGGUUCUUGCUCUUGCCACUUCUAUGCAACUUAUACUAGAAGGUCCAGCUGGGGUAAUUAGGCAAGAAAAUGAAAUUAAAGACUUCCAGAUAUUAGAAAGGAAGCAGUAAAACUCUCUUUAUUUGCAGAUGGUAUGAUCUUACACAUAGAAAAUCCAAAAGAGUAAGAAACUAUUAGAACUAAUGCAUGAGUUCAGCAAAGUUGCAGGAUACAAGAUUAAUAUUCAAAAGUUGAUUGUGUUUGCAUACAGUAUCAAUGAAUGAAACAAAAGUAAUAUUAAGAAAAUAAUUCUAAGAAGAAGUGUCAAGAAGGAAUAGAUUGAGAGUUCAGAAAUAACUUAUAUUAUGGUCAAUUGAGUUUUUGAAAAAGGUGCUAAGACAAUUCAAUAGAGGAAAAUAGUCUUUUCAUCAAAUAUUCACAUGCAGGAGAAUGAGGUUGGACUCCCUACCUCACAGCACAUAUGAAAAAUUAACUCAAAAUGGACCAAAGACCUUAAAUAGAAGAGCAGACAUUAUGAAACUUUUAGAUGAAAUCAUAGGUGUAAAUUUCCAAGGCUUUAGAUUAGACAAUGGUCUCUUAAAUAAUGACACCAAAGCACAAGCAACAAAAGGAAAAAAAUAGGUAAAUUGGAUAUCGGAAUUUAAAACUUCUGUGCUUCCAAGGAUACCAUCAAGAAGGCAAAAGAUGACCCGCAGAAUGAGAGAUAAUUUUUGCAAAUCAUUUAGAAAGUAAGAGAAGAACUUGUAUAUUCAAUUAAAAGAUAGCCUAAUUUAAAAAAAAAUGGACAAAGGAUUAGAAUUGACAGUUCUCCAAAGAAGAUGUACAAAAAGCCAAUAAACACAUGAAAAGAUGCUCAGCAUACAUUAGCUAUCAGGGAAAUAACAAAUCAAACCAACAAUGAGAUACCACUUCAAAACCACCAACAUGGCUAUUAUGAAAAAAAUAAUAACUGUUGUUGGUGAAGAUGUGGAGAAAUUUGAACCUUCAUAAACUGCUGGGGGAAAAUAAAAUGAUGCAGCUGCUUGGGAAAACAAUUUGGCAGUUUCUCAGAUGGGAAAACAGAGUUACCAUGUGAUCCAGUGAUUGCACUCUUAGGUAUAUGCCCAAGAGAAAUGAAAAUAUGUUCACACACCAGCUUGUAAACAGAUGUUCAUAGCAGCGUUAGUCAGAAAUCAAAGCAAGCCAAUGUCCAUCAACUAGUAAAUGAAUAAACAAAAUGUGGCAUAUCCAUACAAUGGAGUAUUACUUGACAAUAAAAAAGAAAUUAAGCACUGAUACAUGUUACAACAUGGAUAAACUUUGAAACCAUUACGCUUAGUGGGAGACGCCAGGCAUGAAAAGCCACAUGUAUGAUUUCAUUUGUAUGAAAUGUCCAGAAUAGUCGAAUCUCUAUAUAGAGAAACUAGAUUAGUGGUUGCCUAGCACUGGGGGUUUUGGGGGGAAUGUGGGAGUGACUGCUGAUGAGUUUGGGGUUUUUUGGGGGGUGAUGAAAAUGUAGAGUUGAUGGUAGUAGUGGUGGCACAACUCUGUAAAUACACUAAAAAAAUCACUGACUUGUAUAUUUUGUGUGAAUUGUAUGGGAUGUGAAUUAUAUCUGAAGUUGUACAAAUAAAGCUUUUUUUUCCCCUUGGAGAAAAAAUGUUUGUCUUUAGGAGUAUAAAUGAAACUUUCUGAUGGAC